AUGACGACCCCGACCUCCACCCCGACCAAUUCCUCCCCUACGGCAUCACCUCUGUCCUCCCCGCUCACGAGCGUAGCCUCGAGAUCUCCAUCCCCCUUGGACUACCCCAGUCCGCCGUCUUCUGAUGGCUCAGAGAAGGAUGCCACGAAGAAGAUGCGCAAGUCGCCUGAUGGUGGUCGCGACAUCUCUCCACCCGCAAAGAGACAGAGAAUUACAAAAGAGAGGGUGCUGAAGACGGAGCGUCUCGAUAUUAAAGCCCUCUAUGAUAGCGACGACAGCGCGCACCACACGCGGAUGGACCCCCAAGUGAGACGAUUGAUCGACGCUCUCCGUACCAAGCGCAAGAUUGUGGUCAUUGCCGGAGCCGGUAUCUCGGUCUCUGCUGGCAUACCCGACUUCCGCUCAUCAACAGGGCUGUUCAAGACCAUGCGCUCUCAAGAUAAACUCAAGGCCUCAGGGAAGGAUUUAUUUGACGCUGGUGUCUACCGAAAUAACGAUUCGACCAGUGCAUUCCACGACAUGGUCAGAGAGUUAUCUCACUCGACAAAAAAUGCGAAGCCAACACCGUUCCAUCAUAUGCUCGCUACGCUGGCUGAAGAAGGUCGAUUGAUGCGGCUGUAUACCCAGAACGUGGAUGGUAUCGACACAGCCCUGAAGCCACUGGCAACUACGAUUCCCUUGAAUAAGAAGGGUCCUUGGCCACAGACCAUUCAGCUACACGGAGGACUUGAGAAGAUGGUGUGCUCAAAGUGCGGAGAGAUCUCAAAUUUCGAAGGCAAGUUGUUCGACGGCCCUGAGGCUCCGUUAUGCUCGGAAUGUUCAGAAUUAGAUGGAGUACGUUUAGCAGGUGGGCUCAGGAGUCAUGGAAUCGGGCGAUUACGACCGAGAAUGGUUUUGUACAAUGAGUACAACCCAGAUCAGGACGCUAUCGGAGCAGUUAGCGCCUGGGAUCUCAAAAAGGGCCCUGAUGCAGUCAUCGUCGUCGGCACACGACUCACUAUUCCGGGUACCAAGCGUUUGACGAAAGAGUUGUGUUCUGUUACUCGGGCCAAACGAGGAGGAUUCACUGCCUGGAUCAAUCUUGAAGCUGACCCCCCCGCCGGCCCCGAGUUCAAGGACUGUUGGGAUAUGAUCGUCAAGGCCGAGUGUGACACUGUUGCGGAACUCGUUGGCCUGCCGAAGUGGGAUGACAAGGAUUGUGGAGACUAUGUUGUUGGAGUCCCAUGCCCUCCAGACUACCGCCCCCAAGUCGUAAUCAAGAGCAAGAUAGCUAGUGUCCAAACCCAAACCACGAUGACUCCUAUCGACAGCCCCAAAGAACAAAGUCCAGUACCCUCAGAUGAUCUACCGAAGAAGAAGCAGGUACCAUUGUCUUUUGCACCCAAGCCUGCUGGGAACCUCGAUGAGAAGAAGAAAAAGCGCGGACGUCCACAGGGGUCUAGAAAGGCAUUGCCUACAAAGCCAGAGCCAGCGGCAAAUCGGAUCAAUAACAAUUUCAGCGCCACCAAAACCUCGAUACCGAGAGCGACGAAAGCGAAGGACGCCUUGUAUCCAGGUCUCAAGCAACCUACGCAGUUGGAGACUGAUGAGCAAGGGCAGACCCCUCCAUCCAAAUCGAGUCAAGUCGCUGUCGAAAUCUCUUGCAACAACAACAGAUAUCACUUCAGAAUCACGCAUCUCCUUACCCGCGGCAUCAGUUCAAGGCAGGCGCUGUGCCUAAGUUCACAAGACAAGAGCAGGUCAUUCGACGAAGCUUUUGCACCUUAUUCCCUCCGGGCAUUGAUUGUUUAUACAGCAUUGAACGGGUUUGUAGCAGUACGCGUGGGGGCGGCGACAACACUAUGUAUUGCAUCUGGACGCGGAAGAGCUGGUGUAGGCGGCGGCUCGACACACGCACACGCACAAGUGACUUUCGUUGCACAUGGAAAAUUGAUACUGGUACUCUUUGCCCCUCGCUGCAGAAAUUUGGCGGCGGAGGAAGCCGCAACGAGCUGUAUUCAUUCACCAGCGUGUUUCUCUGAGCAGAGAGACAUGGACAUAGGCAUAGGCCUAAGUAUUACCCCUCGAGAGUGCCUUAAAAUAUAUCGAACUAACAUUCCACAGGUCCGCAGGGGUAUCGAUCUCGACGCUCGCGAGGAAUGCGGCCACGGUGGCAGCAAGCUCGCAAGCUCCUACAUACAGUAUUACAACAUCUUUUGUUUCCUUGUGGACCGGAAGGAAGAGGCAGAUACAGUGGGUAGGCGCUGGACGGGACAUCCAGAUUACGCCUUGUUUUCGAGGUCUCGGGUCGGGGAUCAGGGGGCGCGGCAGAGUCGGGAGGGCAUGGGUAAACAUGCAAGACGGAAAUGCAGCAUCGCCCGGUCUUUGCUCCCGGUGUUUGAAUCCGAGACGGCGCAGGGUUCGCGGGAGAGACCUUGGAGAGAGAGGGCCGCCGCCUACCUACCGUACCGGUACCUCACAGUAUGCGGAGUAUCCCGGGUCGCCGCCGCCCACUUGAGACGAGCGUCUUUUAUGAGCGACAAGGGCGGUCGGUCCUUAAUUAAUGUGCCUGACUACCGGUACACCUCGACUGCCCGAGUUGUAAUCCCGUCAUCCAAGACCGCUAUGCGAUACCGCGGGAUCAGAAACCCGGGGCUAUUUGGGAAGAGAGCUUUUCCCCAAUGUGGUCUUUACUCUCGGUUGGAUAGUACUACGUAG